GCUGUUACCGCAGUACACCGCGUGUCUGUACUCACCACUGUCUUCCUUCUACACCAGCGUUUUAAAUGGAAAACUACUAAAGCGAAAGCAAUGGAUCCCAUCCCCGAGAGUGAGAGUAAAAAAGUCGACAUUUAUCGUGACACAUGGGUUCGGUUCUUGGGAUAUGCCAAUGAGGUGGGAGAGGCCUUUCGAGCCCUUGUGCCCGUCAGCAUGGUGUGGGCGAGCUAUGCUGUUGCUACGGCAUACGUCUCAGCUGACGCAGUGGAUAAAGGCAAGAAGGCAGCUGUGGCUCACGGUGAUCAACCGGGUAAGACUGCACGUGUAGCUGUGGCCGUCGUGGACACGUUCGUUUGGCAGGCAUUGGCGUCCGUGGCCAUUCCCGGCUUCACCAUCAACCGGGUGUGUGCUGCGUCUCUCUAUGUGUUGGGCAGAACCACACGCUGGCCUUUACCCGUGCGCAAGUGGACCACCACCGCCAUCGGCCUUUCAACUAUCCCAUUCAUCAUCAAACCCAUCGACAGGUCUGUAGACCUUCUCCUGGACUCCAGUUUGAGAAAGAUGUACCAUGGAGGAGAAAAGCACAAAUAAAGCUGGGAGGAGACUUGAAGAUAAUGUAUACACAUCCACGUAAAAAACCUCAUCCGAUCGCAGCAGCAGGGGUGUUUUGUUUUGUUUGUUUAGUUUAUUUGUUCUUUGUUCGAUUGUAUUAAGUCACUGCAAUGCACACCAAGUUUCUUGGGGUGUAACGAUGCAGCGUAACCAUAAUUCGAUACAAGAUUCCCGUAAAAACGCAUAAGAAAUACGCAUAAUAACGUGUUUGAUGUAUAUGAAAAUACAGUAGCGAAUUAUAUAUGAAUUAAAUCAUACAAGCAUUUAUUUUCAUUACAUUUUUUACCAGGUCAUGCUUGUUUUAGCUGUAAUGAAAAUGUCUCAAGACACCAUCUUUGUGUAUUUAAUAUAAUUCUUUUUUUUUUGGACUUUAAUACAGAAUUAUUUGAACCUUUCACUAAAACAAUCAGAAAUAACA